UAAGGCUAGGUUCACAUCUGUGCGGGUGGUGCCGCUGCGGAUCCGCAUGAAAAUCCGUGCAGCUGCACCACCCACACAGAAAAAUGAGGACCCGCAGGCGGGUGUCAUUAGUUCUAAUGGCACGCCCCCUGCAUUGGAAAACGCAACUGUACUGGGAAAGAGGUUCCCGUGCGUGCUGCCUUUUCCGAAGAAGUGCAGGGACUUCUUCCCUGCGUGUCACAGGGCACGAGAGUCCAUUCAAAUGAAUGGGCUCUCGUGC